UGUGGACUGCUUGGAUGCAUGUACAGAUAGAUUGUAGAGAAUUGCAAUCAUACGGAUAAUGUUGGCUUUUAUACGGAUAACAUAUCAAGGUGGAAUUGCGCGCGCGCCAUCACGGUCGAACAUGCGAUUGGACAUGAAGAUCCAGGGAGACCUCGUACGCCUGGUACCGUACGCGGCGCAUCAUGUCCUCAAGUACCACGAUUGGAUGAAGGACCCGUUCCUGCUUGAGAUGACAGCGUCGGAGCCGCUAUCCCUCGAGGAAGAGCAACAGAUGCAGGUCACAUGGCGAGAGGAUCCGACCAAGGCGACGUUCAUCGUGUUUGCCACAACCGAUACUGAAACGGAAGACGAGAUGGCUGGUGAUGUGAAUCUGUUCUUCAACGACGACGAAGACACAGCGAAUUGCGAGAUCGACAUCAUGGUGGCGGAAGCCAGGUAUCGUGGUAAAGGCGUCGGCCGCGAAGCCGUGCUGCUCAUGAUGUCGUAUGCUGUCACCCAUCUGCAUGUCCAUCGGUUCUACUGCAAGAUCAACGAAACCAACGAACCUUCCUUGGGCCUCUUUCGCAAGCUGGGCUUCGUCCAAUGCAACUAUGUUGCCGCGUUCCAAGAGAUCGAGCUCGAGUUCCACAUCACUGACGCGAACAAAGGUUCCUUCACCGCCCGCCUCGGCCGCGCCACCCUCAUGCCUUUCGUCGCCUAAAGCGUCCGUGGAACUUUGUUAUAACAAUGAACAUAGUACUCCAGGAGUAUACUGUAAUCCUACAAACUACUGUAGUAUAAACGUUCGAAUUCUAAUUAAAAUAUGC